AUGAAGCCCGAAAACAGUGUCGACGUUUGGGCGGCAAUAGCGUACACCGUUGGGGAUAUUGUCGGUUCAGGAAUAUUCGUCUCGCCAUCAGUAAUUCUGUCACACUCCGGCUCCGUCGGCCUAUCCCUGAUCAUUUGGUCCGUCUCGGCCGUCAUCGCUUCAUUUGGCGCACUUUGCUAUAUCGAGCUCGGGACGACGAUACGGAAAUCGGGAUGUGACUUUGCGUAUUUGUCGUAUGCCGGAUGGCACCCUGUCGCAGCGGCGUUCCUGUUUGUGAGCUGCGUCUUGACCUAUCCGUCAAUCCUCGCCAUCCAGACGGUCACCUUCGGCGAGUACAUCGUCAAUGGCUUCCACCGCUUCCUCGACGUCGACCCCGACUGGGAGCCGGCCCUGAAGAAGCUCAUCGGCUUCUCCGUGUUGCUCCCUCUCAUGGCGCUGAACUUCUUCUCGCUGCGCAAGGUGGCGGCCAAGUUUCAAAUUGCGGCGACCGUGGCCAAGUUGCUGGUCAUCUGCAUCAUUGUCGUCACCGGGUUCUACCAUUUGAUUUUUAAAGGACAAACUGAGAAUUUCGACUCGAAGACUGUUUUUGAUGGGAGCACCUCGAACACCGGUGACAUGGUGCUGGCGCUGUACGCUGGAUUAUUCGCCUACAAUGGGUGGGAUAUCCUGAAUUUUGGAACGGAAGAAAUCGAGAAUCCGAGAAGGACCCUGCCGCUCGCCGCUUUCUUCGGCAUUCUCAUCUCGGCCAUCACAUACCUGUCGAUGAACGUCGCCUACUUCUCCGUGCUGACGGUAGACGAGUUCCGACAUUCCGACACCGUGGCCGUGAAAUUCGCCGAGAAGACGCUCGGCGAUUUCCAGUACGUUGUCCCGUUUCUUAUUGGAGUGAUGCUGCUUGGCAAUCUGAAUUCGACAAUUUUCGGGUCAUCACGUUACCUUUUUGCGGGCGGUGUGGCCGCGGUAAUGCCAAAGGCCGUUGGGUGCGUUCACGAGGAAUCGGGAAGUCCGAGGGCUGCAAUUCUAGUUGAGGUCAUAAUUUGUGUUGGUGUUUCGUUCAUCGGCGAUCUCGAUUCGUUGAUCUCGUAUAUGACGUUCGCCAUGUGGAUGCAGAGGACGAUGACGCAGAUAGCCUUCAUCUAUAUGCGAUUUUCCGGCCGAUUACCCCGGAAACCAACGUCAAACAUCUUCAGAGUGCCAAUUCUGGUGCCUAUCAUCUUUUUAAUACUCUGCGUCGCGUUGCUAGUUAUUCCUGUCGUGCAGCACUUCAAAGUGGGCAUCUACGGCGUCGGCCUGGCCAUCAUUGGCCUACUCACUUAUAUGGUGUUCAUCUACCCGAAAGAGAUUCCCGAAUUUCUGCAUAAAAUCAACGAUGCCACCCUGAAAUUCUUCCAAAUACUACUGAAUGUACAGCCCGAGCACGACGUCGAGAUCGAGGAGGAAAAGGAGAGGCGGAAAUCCACUAUCUACUCCGAACGCUCAACAAAACUU